AUGGCUGUUUACCUCCGGCUGCCCCAGGCUCCACGGGAUGUCAGUGCCAGCCGGGCAGCCAAUGGAGCCCACCGAUGCGGAGCCAGCGCCAAUGGAGCACAGGGACGCUGCAGCUGCGGCCUGGCUGCCUCAGGCCUGGGCUAUUUAAAUCUGACAAUGGCUCAUCCCCGGGCUUUGGGGCACUCUGGGAAAUGUAGUCCUCCUGCUGCUCCGGACUCUGCUGUGGCCUUGGUCUCUGGCCUGGGGCAGAGGGCCGCGCCCGACCUCCGGCGGCGCCCAGCCUGCCGUCGUCCCCUCCGUCCUUCCCGGGCGGCUGGAGCAGCCCCCGCCCCCGGCGCCUCCCCGCGCCGCCUGCACUUGGGCUUCUCAGCCCUCGGAGGGACGGCGCUGGGUGGCACCCGGCGGGGCUGGGGGCGCGCCAGCCACACGCUGCCCGGCCUCGGGGACCCGGCCUCGGCGCCCGGUCUGGAAGGGGGCGCUUGUGUGUUCACGCGGACGUCCCGGGAGGGGAGGACGCUCCGCCGGGCGCGAGGCGGGGCCGUCCCCACCUGGGACCCCCGGGCCCCGGGAGCCAGGCUGGGACAAGCAGCCCCUCUCCCGCCCUUCCGCGACCUCAGUUCGGCCUCGGAGCCUCCGACCCGCACCGCCGGCCCCACACGCACACCCAGCACACUCGCACACGCGGACGCAGCCUUCCGAGUGCCUGACCCAGCGGAAGUGUCCAGCGGACACUGGGGAAGGAUCACACUUGAGGAUAACGGGAGGCCAGCUGAGGCGUCCCGAGUAACACGCCCUGGAGGAAACGUGGUUCUGAACCUCUGGCUAGAGAGCCCGAGCCUCCAGAUCGGCGACCACCUCAGACCUCAGGUCUCACGCACUUGCCCGAGCCUCCUGGCCAGCCCCCAGGCCACAUCACUGUCCCUCCAUGGAGACCACCUGCCUGGCCCUCUGGCCCUGCCUGCCUUCCAAGUGGACAUUGGCUUUCUGUCUGGUCCCCAGCGGUUCACACUCGUGUGGACUCAUCACAAGCCUUCCACACAUGCUGAGGCUGCCAUGGGUCUGUGCCCAGCACCCACAGAGCUCCAGAAAAUGCUGAGCAGCAGGAAAGGCCGUGUGGGGAGGUGGGAGGACCGGACGGGCCCGAGAGCUGGGGAAGCAGCUGGAACCUCGACCACCGGGGUCCUGGCCUCAGCUGGGACACCUGCCAGGGCUGCCUACCUGUCAGGGUGUCAGCAGACCAGCAGGGAGGGGGCAGCCCAGGGACCAGCUGCUCCCUCCCCAAACUUUACUCCCCUCACCUCCAACCAUCCCAGACCUGGAGCGCCCCCCCACCACCACUGUCGCCACUCAGCCACUGUCCACCCGAGGCCAGGAACCCCAGAGCAGUACAGUCUCUCUCCACCUGCUGUGAGCCCCGGAAAGCCUCUGGCCUGUAGAGUUCAAAGGGCGUGGGGAGCAGCCCACCUGGACCCGAGACAGAAGCGGAACUACACUACCCAGAAUUCCCGGGGCUGGCCAAAAAGGAAAUGUCGUUUGUGCAAGGAGAGCCUCAGCUCCCCCAGCGGCUGCACAGGGACAGGGGGAGAGGCGGGGGAGAGGGAGCGAGGGAUUCCAGGGGAGGGCGGGCUGGAGAGCCGGGCGGGCGGGGAGGAGGAGGCGGCGUCCGCCCGCCGCCGCCGCUGUCGCUGCCGCCGCCGCCUGCGAGCUGCAUCCCCGGGGGGCCGGCGACGGGCGGCGGUGCUGCGUGCGCCGGCUGCGCUGGGCGGGCGGCUGCGGGCCGACGCGGGGCAGCCCCGAGCCCGGAGGGGGUGGGGGCCGGGGGCGCCCACGCCGGCCCCAGACGCCGGUAGAGCCAAGGACACUGCCCGGGGGAGGGAGGGGGCGCCCCGGGAGCGUGCCCGCGGCAAGGUCAGGGGCGUCCGGAGGGCGGCGGCCGGGCACGCGGAGCGGCCCGCGGGGCAGGUGAGUCGGCGGCGCCGCCCGGGUGGGGGCGUGCACGCCAAAGUUCCCCGGCAGCGGCGAGCGCGCCCGACGCGCGGGGAUCCGGGGCCGCUCGCGGCCGGCGAGGGGGACAGAAGCGCCCGGCGCCGCGGGGCGGGGACACCGCGCCCCCCGGCGUCGGAGGACCCGGGCCCGGCUGAAGGGGCGCGCGCUGAUGAGAACGGCCUGGGGGGUGGCACUGCGCCCCCAGGGGGCCGGGGGGACCUGGGCGGGGAAGGGGCGCCCAGCGCUGGCUGCCGGGCCGGGGGUGUCAGCGGAGAUGUCACGGGCGGCGAUUAUUCGCUGGUGCGCGCGGUCGUGGGGCCGCCACUGACGGGGCGGGCGGUGGCCGCCGCCUGCGGGGAGACCGCCCAGAGCUGCGCUGUCGGUUCCGCAGCCCGCGCCCCGCGCUCACGCGUCGCCGCCCCCGCGCCCCCCGCGCGCCCCCCGCGGUCCUCAGCGGCGGGCGGCGACAGCGACAGCGGCGAGGGGGACGCGGCGCGCCCGCGUGGGGGCGUCCGGCCCGCGCCCCUGCCCGCGUCCGCGUGUGGGCGCCGACCGGCAGCCGGCGAGCGGCCCGAGCCCGGAGCUCGCCUCCUGGGAGCCGCGGGUCUGCGCUUGGCCCCGAGGGCUCCCGGACCCCGGCCGGUCGCACAGCAGCGGCCCCGGAGCGAGCGCGUGCGGAAGGCAGGGCAGGAAGUCGGGUCCUGCGGCGAGGGCGGCGCGGCCGCGCGGGGACCGAGCCUUCCUUAUUUAUGUGCCCGCCGGCGCUGGCCUCCUUCCUCCGGAGACUUCAGCGACAGUCUCUGA